AAUAUUAAUGAAUUAAAAAAUAUGAUUGAUAAUAAGGAAUUAUAUAACAACUUAAGAGAACUAGAAAAAUUAAUAAUUCAAUCUUUGGGAAUGGAUGAAUUGAAACUAUUAAUAAUAUCUUUAUUAUAAUCAGAACUAAUUUUUAUUAUUUUAUAAUUAGACAAAUUUAGGUAUAAUUAAAAGUAUUACCAAAUUAUACCUAAAUUUGUCUAAUUAUAAAAUAAUAAAAAUUAGAUCUGAUUCCAAUAAAGAUAUUAGUUAUACCUACUUCUAAAUACGACAUUGAAGAUUUAACAAAACAUGAACAUAUAACAAAAAAGUAUCUAAUAGAAUUUUAUAACUAUGAAAACUCUAAACUUGUUAAAAAAAUUUAGUUGUAAGAACUUUAAAAAUAAUUAAAAAUUUAUGUUAUUAUAAUUGGUUUUUUAUAAAAAGAUUAAGAAAUUGGAAGGCUCAUUAAUGCAAUUGAAUAACCUUUUUUUUUGUUAUGUAGACUCAAAGGAAACUUCCGAUUCAUAUUCUCAGAUGAAUUUCAGAACAUGGUUAUAUAGAAAUAUCGAAUUAACCUAAAGAAAAAUUCCAAAAAAUAUAUUUUUAUAUAUUAUAUUAGAUGAUAUUAAUUUAGAUGCAUUAAAUUCUAAUGAUUUAUUUUUUGUGGCUUAUUCAAAAAUUUAUUUCAUGAAAAAGUUAGGUAGUUUAUCUAAUUAUUAUGACUUAGAGAUAUUUAAUUUAAUUGGUUCCCAUUUUAUAGAAUAUAAGUUCUUUCAUAAGUAUUUUGAAAUAGGAAGCAUAAAAUUUUUUGGUUUGCAAAAAAUUUUGCAAUUUAAUAUAUCAGAUAUAUUUAAAGCGUUAGAUUUAAUUUGUAAUGAGGGUGCUAAUUGCGAGGCAGACAUAAAGAGAAGAGAACAAUAUUUAAAAAGCAAUAGGACAUGGACCAUAGGAUAAUGUAGAAUAUUAGAAUUUUUAAUCCAUUAUUUUAAUAAAUAUCAAAUGAAAUUAUAUACUAAUGCAUAUGAAAAUAAUUUAAAAAUUCAGGUUUUAUUAGAACAUAAACAUUUAAAAGAAGCAUUUUUUAAUUUUAUGUGCAACAAUAAAAUUGAUUGUAAUAUAUACGAUAGUGAAAAGUUUAGAAAUGAAUUCAGUGUAAAAGUAUUUACAAGGAAAGGUGAAUAUAAUUUUUCAAAAUACGACACUUUUAGAUCCUCCAUGAUAAAUUCAUUUAACAUAUAUAUAAAUUUCCUAUACUUCAUAAAAAAUUAUAGAUAUUUUAAUUAUAAAGGAAUUUUAUAUGUUCAUCUUUUAAAUCUUAUUGGAAUUCUAAAUAACGAUAGUAGGGCAUAUGUAAGUUCCCUUUAAUUACCAGGCUAUUAUAAUGAUAUUCAACUGUCAUUUGAUGAAAAUUGUGAACUUGUAGAACUUUAUGAAGACUUGCUAGAAUAUGAAAGGAUAUACAAAAUAUUAUCAUAUAACAUUGAUUCUCUCUUAAAUUAUAAGAAAAGUACUUUAGACAUAUGUAACAUGUGCAAAGGAACACUUUUUUAUAUUAGCGGGUCAAAUUGAAGAAAAACCUUCUAAGUUGUCAAAGCAAAAAAUAUUAGUAUACUAAUAAAAAAUUUGAACUUAUAUGAAGAAUAUGACAAUUUUUUGGCUAAUGAUAUAAAUUGGUAUACCUUUUUAUUGUUGUUUAGACUUACAACGUCCAAAAAUGUGUUUCAUAACAAUAUAGCUAAUGCUAUGUAUUUAAGUAUGAAAAAGGAAGAUAAAUUUAAAAGAUCUGCUACUACAAGUUAUUGGUCUCCUUCAACAAUAAGGAAGUAUUAUUCUCUAUAUUUAAGAAAGCGUAAGCCUAUUAAUUUAUUAUAAAAGCUAGAAGAAUUCUUAAAUGAUGACAUUAUAGAAAAAAUAUAAAAAAGUAUAACGUUCAUUGUUCAUGUACAUUCCUUUCUACAAUUAUAUUUUUUUUCUUAUCUUAAUGAACCUAAUAAAAAUGAGCAUGUUUAUCCUUUAACUUUGUUAAUUGAAAGUAAAUUCAGAAAGUGGAUGAAAAUGUAUGAAAUGAGAUAUUUUUUUUUAAAUUAUGAAAAUAAAGUUGUAGGAAAUAAAAAACCUAAAAAUAUGGAAGGUAAAGAAUAUAUAACUUCUAAAUAUAGAAAAUGGAUUAUUGUUAUGAAAAAAAUUAUAGAUAAAUCAUAUGAAAUAUAUUUUAAUCAAAGGAAUGUAAAAAAAUUAUACAAUUAUCAUAAUAUUUAUGGCAUAAGCAAUAGGAUAAUGCUAAUGAAAGAAUCUUAUGAGUUGUACUAAAAACAUAUUCAAGAUAUAAUUUUUUAUGCAGAUAAGAGUAUGAAUAAUACUUUUUUUUUGAAUAUUAGAAAUGAUUAUUCUAAAAUGAAAAAGGAAUAUAGAGAAAAAGAAAUUAAUGAUUCUAUGGUAUCUAAGUAUUUUAAAAAAGCUUUAUUUAUUUCAUUUCAAAUUAUGUUUACUAUAAAGUUAAGUAGACAUAUGAAUUAUGUUGAUAAAAAAUACGGCUCUAAUGAAUUGUUAGCAUGCAUGAUAGAAGAAAAGCAUUUAUGAAAUAUAUUUUUCAUGAAAGUAUGAUAGAUAGUUUAGCAAAUAGUUUUUUUGCCAUAUUAUUCAAAGGAGCUAACAACGCAGUUAAAGUAUGGAAAAGUUUUUAUUUUAGGUAACAUACAUAAAUUAUGUGCUAGUAUACUUUCAAUAUUAAAUUUAAAUAUAUUAAGUCUUCUACUCAAGUAUCAAGCAAUAAUUAGUUCUAAUUUUUAUGUAACUAAAAAAUUAAAUCAGUUUAUGGAUAAAAAAAUUGAAUUUGCUUGUACAUUAUUUUUCUUUCAAAUCAAUUAUGACACUAUAAUAAAAAUGAAUAAUUAUUCUGAUUUCAUGAAUAACAAACAUUUGAUAAAAACUCAUGGGAAAGAAAAUUUAUUGAAAUUUACAAUGGAAGUACUUAUUAUUUACUUGACAGACCUAUAUGAAAUAGAAAAGAAAAAAAUAGUUCAUUCUAUUAAUUUUAAUUAUUUCGUAAAAAAUCUCAUUCGUGUAAUUGAUAGAGUUUAUUCUAUAUUUGAGGAUAAAGUGGAGUAUUUUCUUCAAUACAAGAUUAAUAGUUUUUCCAUAGAUCCUAUACUAAAGAAGUUUAACAAACCAAGGAUAUAUAUUAAAAACAGAAAAUAUUACAAAGAUUUACUUAAUUAUAGAGUUCAUACUGAUGAACUUAAUGAAAAAUCAUAUAUUAAAAACACUAAGGAGAAACUAAAUAUGUUAUCACAAGAAAUAGAAAAAUUAUUAAAAAAAGAAAGAAUGAUUUACAUUGAUGAUGAUUCCUCUUAUGAAAGAUUAGAUGAAAAUGAAAAAAUUUUAAAUUGA